GAGAGAGAGAGAGAGAGAGAGAGAGAGGGAUAUCACUGCUAAAUCGGACGAGUUCGGGAGGCAAAAUGGAGGCCGAAGGGCAACGAACCUCUUCGAACCCAUCAGCAAUGCUUGCUGCACUGCUAUGCAAAAGAGCCAAACUUCACGAUGAACUUCGAAACAUCGAAAAGCAGGUUUAUGAUAUGGAAACAAGUUAUUUACAAGAUCCAAGCCAAUGUGGCAAUGUAUUGAAAGGUUUUGACGGGUUUCUAUCAGCAUCAAAGAGCACUACUCUCUUAAAACGGUCCAGGAAGUUUCAGCCCGAAGAUAGGCUCUUUUCCUUAUCUUCAAUCACCUCGCCAGCAGCCGAAGAGCAUGCUGCUGUACGAGAUGGUGGUGGUGUAUCUGCAAGUGGAGUAGGAAGACCAAAGAAGGGCAGGGGAGGCCCAAGAGAUGCAAAGAGAAUGAGGCAAUCGAGUGAACCAGAUUUUGACUAUGAUGAUGAUCCUGAUUUGAUUAUGUGAGAAGUGCUUCUGUAUGGCAUUACCCUAGACUUGCAGGAUGCUGGUUGAUACCAAUUUUUCUUUGGUCCAUGAAUUUUCCAAUCCAUAGCGGUUUUCUGCUAUGUAGUGGACAAGUAUUUAUGGGAGGCUUGAACUGCCACCAUUUGUUUCUUCACGAUAUCUUAACCCUCAUGUGUAUAUAUGAUCAUUAUCCUCGUUUUGUUUUCAGAAUCUCUUGUUUCUUAGAGGUGGCAUUACAAAAAUGAUAAUAGACUGUUGGGGAUGAUUAAGAUGCUUUUAGGGAUUUUCACACUCUCUG